AGACAAUGGGAGCUUAUGAGUGGCGGUGAGGCAUCCCCUGAUAAAGUAAAAGUAGACCAUCUGCCCUCUACCACGAGCAGCCUGCACGUAGCCGUCUUCCCUUUCCACACACGAACCUCUGCUUUCCUACCACACUCUUGGCCACGAUGACGACAAAGGCAACAACGACGAAGGCAGAGGCACCGCCCAUCGCGCCCAUGUCUCCCAUGGUCAUCUCUUCCAUUGUGCUCCCCAUUGCUGCCAUCCUCCUCUACAUCCCUUACACUUUCCACACCGGCCUCUUCCAUUCCUCCUUCGCCCUCAAAGCCGAGACCUUGCGAGCAGAUCUCAAUCUCGAUUCGUGCUCUCGCUUGGUCACGCCAGCAGACAUGGGAUGGUGCGCAGAGCCAGUGGUACAAAAGUCAACUGGAAUGGCAUAUUUCGUCUGCGAUGACAGCAGACCAUGGUGGGACCCUGUCCGGAUGAUCUGGGAACAGGCUCCCCCUGGCAAGCAGGGCGGCAGCUUGUGGGCGUGGGAUCUCAAGGACCAAUCGAGCUCGCCGCGACAGCUGGAACUGACAUCUCAAGUCGAUGCAAUGGAGAUCUUCCACCCUCUCUCCGUCUCGGUCAUGCCCUCAUCCAACGGUGACUCGCCCGAUGCAAACAUCCUCUUGAUUGCCAACCAUCCAUUCGCCGACUCCGCCGGGUCUGUCGAUGUGUAUCGUCAUCCUCUUGGUGACGGAGACGGCAUGAAUCAUGUCGCAUUCUAUGAUCGAAUUGCUGGAGACGCCCUUGACGGCCAAAGCCCCUACCGAGUCGAAGCCGUCAACGAACAAUGGGGUCUUCCCAUCUCGCCAGCCGUUGCAGGAGGUGGGCCAGAUAUCAAGGUACCCAGCUUCCUCUUCACUGCCGUGCCUUCGCCUGACAAGCCAAAGGGUGGACUUGGACCAAUGCUGCGAGGUAGUGGCACCGUCCUCUCCCGCAAGCCUACCCUCCUCGAGUACCUGGCCGACGUAUUUCUGCCUACUCGUCCCUCGCCUCCAAAGGAUGUCUUCUACCAUCUCUCCACGGCUUACCGUACAAAGUCAGCUUUCGCAACGACGACAGCAUACCCUCAUCACCCUCCCCUUGUACGAGCCUGGGACGGCGCAGGCAAGGAAGGCGGGUCUAACAGCUCCAUGCACAAUGUCUUCGUCACCGGUACCGCCGCCAAGGACUCCCUCUUUGAGCAGUGGGACCAACAUUGGGUCCGAGGUCCGCACUAUGGCGAAGCAAUGGCCACAAACCAGAAGGUCUCUACUAGUGUUCAGGUGCGCUGGCCCAGUUUUGUCACCAUCUGGAACAAGGGCUUCGAAAAAGUGCUGCGGGCCAUCUCCGUCGACUCCCUUGGGAGACUUUGGACCGUAUCUUCUGCUGACGAAGGCCUCUCUGAGAAGCUCGUCGAGACGCUCAGGAUGGGCAACAGCACGGAGGAUAUUCAACCGGGUGUACUGGUGUAUCAGACUACCUUUGUACACCGCAUCGGAGCUGCCUUUGCACACCCUUGGGAGUUGCAACGUAUUGGCUCAGCCAAGAAGAAGGGCCAGUGGCUGACCAAGGAGUUCUUCACUAGCCUCAUCUAUCGCAGGGGUACCAAAGGUGACAAGGAUGUGGGAUUCUUGCCCAAGGCGCCUACGGGCAUUGCAGUGGAUGACGAGAGGAAGAGGAUCAUCGUCACUUCUAGCUGGGAUAAAGGGAUUGCUGUUUGCCAGUGGAAGGAUGGCUGGGUAGAGAUGUAACGAAGAGGCGAUUGGAUGUUGCCCAAGUAGAGUCCCUUUUUCCCCCCAACCCCCUUGCUUCAUCUCACGUCUGUUGCACAAGCGAGGUCCUCACUGCCCUGCGCACGCCGAAUGCUUCUCGAUAGAUGUCACAACAUAUUCACUUCUCCGCUUCAUCUCGUCCGUCAGUCAAUCAAACGCUCCUCAUUCUCUCAA